AUGGUCUUCUCUCGACUCUUCCACUUCGCCGGGAAGCUACACGGAGGACAUCUCUCUCGUCGUGUCUACUUGAGAAUAUGUUCUGUCGGAGAACAGAGCUUGGGUCUCAAAUCGAUUCACAAGGCUUCGAAUCUGACUGCUUACGAAUCAAUUCACGCUGCUUCCAUUGUUGCUUCUGCUGAUGAUGAGAUCAGAGUUUCGCAAGACGCCGAGAGAAUCUGCAAGAUCGUGUCCAAAUAUACGAACUCAAGCGUCGACAAUCUGCUCGACGAAGCUUCUAUUAAACUCUCGCCGGCUCUAAUCGAAGAAGUACUGAAGAAGCUGAGCAACGCCGGUGUUUUAGCUUUGUCAGUGUUCAAAUGGGCAGAGAAUCAAAAGGGUUUCAAGCACACCACCGCGAGCUACAACGCGUUGAUCGAGUCUUUAGGCAAAAUCAAGCAAUUCAAACUCGUCUGGAGUCUUGUAGACGACAUGAAACAGAGGAAGCUUUUGAGCAAAGACACCUUCGCGCUAAUCUCUAGAAGAUACGCUCGAGCCAGAAAGGUUAAAGAAGCUAUAACCGCGUUUCAUAAGAUGGAAGAGUACGGAUUCAAGAUGGAACCCACCGAUUUCAAUCGAAUGCUUGAUACGUUGAGCAAAUCCAGAAACGUUGCGGAUGCACAGAAGGUGUUCGACAAAAUGAAGAAGAAAAGGUUCGAGCCUGAUAUCAAGUCCUACACUAUUUUACUCGAAGGUUGGGGUCAGGAGUUGAAUCUUCUGAGGGUGAAUGAGGUCUACGGAGAGAUGAAAGACGAAGGCUUUGAGCCCGAUGUCGUCACUUACGGUAUCAUCAUCAAUGCGCAUUGCAAGGCGAAAAAGUACGAUGAAGCUAUAAGAUUCUUCAGUGAGAUGGAACAGAGGAAUUGUAAGCCAAGUCCACACAUUUUCUGCAGUCUGAUCAAUGGACUCGGGUCCGAGAAGAAGCUGAACCAAGCCCUCGAGUUCUUCGAGAGAUCAAAGAGUUCCGGGUUUCCCCUUGAAGCUCCGACUUACAAUGCACUAGUGGGAGCUUAUUGCUGGUCACAGAGGAUGGAAGAAGCGUUCAAGGCCGUGGAAGAGAUGAGGUCGAAAGGGAUUGGUCCUAAUGCAAGAACUUAUGAUAUCAUCCUCCAUCAUCUGAUCCGGAUGCAGAGGACGAAAGAAGCCUAUGAGGUUUAUCAGAAGAUGAGCUGUGAACCGAGGGUGAGUACUUACGAGAUCAUGGUGAGGAUGUUCUGCAACAAAGAGAGGUUGGAUAUGGCGAUCAGAAUCUGGGAUGAGAUGAGAGGGAAAGGUGUUCUUCCAGGGAUGCACAUGUUCUCAAGCUUGAUCACAGCUCUGUGCCAUGAGAACAAACUAGACGAGGCUUGUGAGUAUUUCAAUGAGAUGUUGGAUGUUGGUAUUAAGGCACCGGGACAUAUGUUUAGCCGCCUUAAACAAGCGCUUCUCGAUGAAGGCCGGAAAGAUAAAGUCGCCGACUUGGCUUUGAAGAUGGAUAGGCUGAGGAAAACCCAACUUGUUGGCUGA